GCCUGCGCGAGGGACCGCACGCACACAGUGCGCCUGCGCAGGAACGCCGGUGGCCUACAGCGCCUGCGCCGGAGGAGCUAUCGCGGAAGUGUACGGUGACGGCGGUAGCAGUUUCCUGAAACUCCUGGGGCCCGAAUUCUGGGGACCCGUCUUGAGCCCCCUAGGAGGUGUCGUGCUGAGUUCUUUUUCUUAAGCCUCAGAACUUGGCUUCGGCCUUGGGGCCAAACUCAGCUUUCCCCGUCCUCGAGCCAGUUCGCCCCGAGUUCUCGCGAGACCUGCGGGCGGAGCCGAGAGCAGCCCAACAGCCGGUUUCUCCGAGGAGCUCACCGGCCCCCUCGAGCCUGGGACCCGCAGCGGCGGCCGCGCCCGCGAGCGAGCCCGACGCCCGCGGAGAUCGCCCGGGAGGGACCCUGGCAGCGAUGGACGAGGACCUGGUGCUGGCACUCCGGCUCCAGGACGAGUGGAACCUGAUGUCGGAGCGCGAGCGGGCCCAGGAGGCCCAGGAGCCCCUGUCGCUGGUGGACGAGACGUGGGAGCUGGUGGACCCCACCCCGGACCUGCAGGCCCUGUUCGUGCAGUUCAACGACCGGUUCUUCUGGGGCCAGCUGGAGGCCGUGGAGGUGAAGUGGAGCAAGAGGAUGACCCUGUGCGCCGGGGUCUGCACGUACGAAGGGAAGGGCGGCAUGUGUUCCGUCCGCCUCAGCGAGCCCCUCCUGAAGCUGAGACCGCGGAAGGACCUCGUGGAGACCCUCUUGCAUGAAAUGAUACACGCCUAUUUGUUUGUCACGAACAACGACAAAGACCGGGAGGGGCACGGCCCCGAGUUCUGUAAGCACAUGCAUCGCAUCAAUCGCCUGACGGGAGCCAACAUCACGGUGUACCACACCUUCCACGACGAGGUGGACGAGUACCGGCGCCACUGGUGGCGCUGCGACGGGCCGUGCCAGUUCCGACAGCCCUACCACGGCUACGUGAAGCGCGCCACCAACAGGGCUCCCUCCGCGCACGACCACUGGUGGGCGGAGCACCAGAACACCUGCGGGGGCACGUUCAUCAAAGUCAAGGAGCCGGAGAACUACGCCAAGAAAGGCAAAGGGAGGACCAAGCUCGCAGCCGCGGAGAGGAAAGAUAAAACGAAUGGAGUUGUCCCCUUUAGUGGGAGAGGACAUGUUCUGGGAGAAACCAACAACUUACUGUCAUCUGGGAAGUUCCCCACGCCGCGCGCUGUUAGUAAAACCCAGGACCCUUUAGGUCAAGACCACUCCGCCAGUGCUGGGAGACGCAAGUCUAAAACGGGGGUGCAAUUGGAGCAGAACGGUUCCAGGAAAAAAACUGUCUCCCCCGUGCUUAACGCCAGUCGCCAAAACGUGGUGAGCAACUACUUUCCCCGAGCGUCAGCUGCCAACCAAAAGGCUUUCAGGAGUGUGAGUGGGUCCCCCACGAAGAGCGCAGCGGUGGGUGACACGAGUAAGAGCUCUGCCUCUUCGGGUUCUCAAAGAAGGACUUCCUCCUCCAAGGCCGCCCUCAGGAACUCCCUAAAAGCGGUGGAGUCGACACCUGGGGCUGCGUCCCAGGACAGGAGCUGGGCAGAAACGGAACCCCCCGGUAAACAACGCAGGCUGGAAGACAAGACUGUUUUUGACAAAUUUUUCAUCAAGAAAGAGAAAGUACCAAGUGGUGGCGGCGAUCCGAAGUGUGGCUCACGUCCCGCGGCUGCAGCGCAGCACUCCGGCCGCUCCGCCAGCCAGAGCAGAGCGGUGGCGUGUCCUGUGUGCCAGAACCAAGUGCCGGAGUCUCAGAUUAACGAGCACUUAGAUUUGUGCCUUGAAGGUGAUCGCAGCAAAGUCCAAAGAAAUCUUUGAAAAAAAGGUCUCACACACCACCCGUGUCACCUCACCAUUUGCAUCAGUCCCUCAGGAAGAUCUGGUAAAUACUAAGACUUGUAGGUUAUAGUCUGGUUCAUGUAGCCGACAGAUGUUCUAUUUUAUAUAUACCUAUGACACUGUAAGUUUAAAUAUUUGUCUAAGGUGCUAUAUUUAUAUUCACUCGUGCCUUAAGUAUACUGCAGCCCAGUUCUGCAUGUUUACAUGCAUCGUUUUCAGGAUCUCUUCUUUCUUGCUCUUAAAGGUUUUAAAUAUUUUUAUCUUUUUGUGUACUUCCCUCACAAUAGUGAAGAAUUAAAUAUUUGGUUAAAUUGAGUAUUUAUUAAUAUUAAAACUCAUUUCUAGUACUGUUAAUGUGUAUAGUGUCAGGCAUAUUGACCAGAAACACAAUCUAGAAUACAAAGUUAGCUGUGUUAGGGUACUCAAGGUUAUUUAAAAAGCUUUUUAGAUUUUUCCUCCCAAAUCUUAACAGGAAAUACAUUUUAUAUACUUGAAAGAAUUUUAUUUGUUUUAGCCGAUUUUAGGUUAAAGUAGAUAGAGUGUAGUAAAACAGAUUUCUUUUGGAGUAUUACUAGUAACAAAUAGCCACUUUAAUUUUCUAGGCCAGAUUUAGUUUUCUCAAAAUUGAGCAACAUGAGUGGCUAAAACUUGGUGCUAAGUAACUAAUGUCUCUCACAUAGCAGAGUUGCCUAGGUUAUGUCUAGCUUAUCUGAAAGUCGUAUGACCCUGUAAGCCAAAGUUGGAACCAUUCUAAUAAUAGGAAUAUUUAAGCAAAGGAAUAUUUUAGUGAAGGAACUUACUUGUAUCAGUUUGCUUCUGUCUCAUGGCUAUUCCUCCAGCAUAUUGGCAUAUUCCCAAGACUUGAGUUCCCAAGUUUUCUUUCUUAACUUGGGUGCAACAUGACGUGUGUGUACAUGAGGUGCAGAGAUCCUCAGUGUGAAGUUGGGGUCCUCAUGGUGCUUCUACCCAGCUAACACCCACACCCCCUAAAAGUGACCCCUUUUCUUCUCUGUCACCACAGGUUUAGCUCGUUUCUGAA